AUGGUGUACUGCGGGAAGCCGUCCAAAGGCUGUGAUUAUUGCCGUAAGAAGCGAUUGAAGUGCGAUCAGAAGCGGCCGGGAUGCGGACAGUGUCGAAAUGCCCUUCGAGCCUGUCCUGGAUAUCGCAACCAACUAGACCUCAUGUUCCGUGAUGAGAGUGAUCGAGUCCAACAGAAAUAUCGAGUGACGUCGGAACUAGAUGCAGACGCAGACGUGGACAUUGGCAGCGGAAAUGCCAGCGAAUCCAGGAAGGACGAUUCAAUAGUCCCUACAAAGACACCACUGCUGCUUCUUCAAGCCACUGUACGGAACCUACUGCCAGUUGUGGCCUACAACAAUUCCAGCCAGAUGUCGGAACAUGGGAACCAGCCCUCGCCGGUCCACCCUGCUCAAGCACGGGGUCCAGCUCUUCCCGAGAUCGCAACAGCAUUCUUUCUGACGCAAUAUAUUUCCGGCAGCCAUUUCGACUACCUUCCUCUUCUUUACGACACUGCAGGUCCCGCCUCCCUUCUGAGGGGCAUUGUCGAGGCUGUUUCUCUCGCAAGUCUUAGUCAUGAGACUCAGAGACCUGAAAUCAUGGCUCUAGCCCGACAAAGAUACUCAGGGAGCCUUGUUGCAACAAACAAGGCUCUUCAAGAUCCGCAGGGCUGCCGCGAGGAUGGGACUCUAGCGUCUGUAUUGUUGCUCGCUCAUUUUGAAACUCUGGCGAGCGAGGACACCAUUGGCGUCGAAGAUAUUGCGUUGCCACACGGCAAUACAAGAUACUCGCCUUCUGCGAGCUGGGACCGGCAUGUGCAAGGCGCGGUGUCACUCGUCAGCCUUCGUGCCAAAACUCGACUCGACAACUCUCUGAGUGUCCGACUCCACCAACAUGUCCACGCUGUAGCCCGGUAUAGCAGCAUCCAACGUCGCGCCCGGUUACCCGCCGAAGUUGCAUCUUCGGACCUCCCUAUUGGCUUGCGCAGAGAUCGUCUGGACCCGAAUCGACGAUUUCUUGUGGUAGUCGAUGACUUCACAGAGCUUCGCGCAUGCAUCCAGGAAGGGUCACUCACCGACCCUUUUGAGAUUAUUGAAAAUGCCAAAGCUAUCGACGCGCACGCUGCAUUGGUCGCCCGAGGCUUUCCUUCGACCUGGGCGUACGAUGUCGUGGUCACCAGCCGCGAGAUGGACGGAGUUUACAAGAACAAAUACCAUCUUUACCCGAGUCAUUUCUCUGCACAGCUGUGGAACGAGGUUCGAAUGACAAGAAUUGCUCUCAAUGAGAUUAUCCUCGGAUAUGCUGCCAAGGCUCGCCGGCAGGAUUCUCUUGAUAGCGAAAUGGACGACUUACUGGAAGCAUUGCGUACGCGGUGUGUACGCGUCAUCGAGCAAAUGGCAACUGAGAUAUGCCAGUCGACUACCGAAUUUUUACAGAAGCCAGACUGUCCCUCUCCGUUUUGGGGCGCCCCAUUGUCCAAGCUGUCCAUCGCCAGCGCGUACUUCCUCAUAUGGCCUCUGUUCAGUGCAGCCCGAGCUUCUAGAGUGGCUUCCGAGUCAUUUAGGGAGUUUGUGAUUAAUCGGCUGCAUUUCAUCGCAAGGGAAAUGAACAUUCCCCAAGCUCGAAAGGCGUCGCUGAUGUUGGAACAGGGUAUUGUGCAUGAGGACUGGCUGCAUAUGUUGCAUUUGUUUUGA